GCAAAUCUAAUGCAGAGCACCAACCCCGCUUAUAUAUAUUUUUGUCGUCUCCGCUGCUAGCAUCUGUGUGACUCUCCGCGAUAGCGUUGAUUCUCCGGCUGUUCUAUUCCCAUUUUGUUUAUUGCUUAUGGCAGCUACCCACAUAUCCUUUUCUCCCGGUUCCUCCAUCCCCUGAUUAAGAUCUCUUUUAGAUUUUGAUUGUUUGGCUAGUUACAGUGACCGGCCGAUCAAGGACCACCUUGAUCUGUCACCUACUUCCUCCAUUUUCACUCUUCACUAUACUCUCUUUUCUAUCUGGGUGAUCUUUUCUGUUCCUUUGGCGGCAAAUCCUUAUCGCUUUAUAUAGGAGUUUUGAUUCGAAAAAUGGCAACUGCGGCCCAGCUUCGUUGCUCUGUUUUGGCUAGGCAAUACUCAAGUUCUUCUUCCCAGAAUUCCCGUGCCUCCAAUCCUAAUUAUCCGAAUGUUUCUUACCCAUUUUCCAAUUCUCAAAAUCAUUCGCUCCGCCUUCUUCCUCACCCGAAACCUUCCAAGCUUGAGUUUUCAGAAGGUGGAGGCAAUGGCAACAGUGGAAUUGGUCGGGGAUUUGGCGGCGGCGGCGGCGGCGAAAGUGGAGGAUGGAGUGGUGAUUCCAAUUUCGAGAAUUCAUCAUCCUCGCGAUUUGGGAUUCUUGCUCAUUUCCUGAAUGGAUGGCGAUCAAGGGUGGCUGCGGAUCCACAAUUCCCUUUCAAGGUUCUAAUGGAGGAAUUGGUUGGUGUAUCUGCCUGUGUUCUUGGUGACAUGGCUUCUCGUCCUAAUUUUGGACUCAAUGAGCUCGACUUCGUUUUCUCGACUUUGGUCGUUGGUUCGAUAUUGAACUUUACCCUUAUGUACCUCUUGGCACCCACUGCUUCUGCUGCAAGUACCAGUCUCCCUGCCAUCUUCGCUAAUUGCCCACCAAGCCACAUGUUUGAGCCAGGUGCUUUUACCCUGGUGAAUCGAUUCGGUACUUUUGUGUACAAAGGAACAAUUUUUGCAGCUGUUGGUUUCGCCGCAGGGCUAGUAGGAACUGCAAUUUCAAAUGGCUUGAUUGCGAUGAGGAAGAAGAUGGAUCCAACUUUUGAGACGCCAAACAAGCCACCUCCAACAGUUUUAAACGCAGUGACAUGGGCGCUUCACAUGGGCAUUAGCAGUAAUUUAAGAUACCAAACCCUGAACGGUAUGGAGUUUUUACUGGAGAAGGGGCUCCCUCCUCUUGCGUUCAAGAGCUCGGUGGUGGUUCUUCGAUGCUUGAACAACGUUCUGGGUGGGAUGUCUUUUGUUAUACUGGCAAGGUUGACAGGAUCGCAGAGCAUUGGAGAAGCAAAACCUGUUGUGGCGGAGGGUGCAGAGAAGGAGAAGUUGCUGGAUGGGGGAGACGAAUUGCAGAGCAAUCAGUCGACUUUCAAGUGAAGUGAUCAUUUUUGUUAUCCAUGUGUUUAUAUAUGUAAUAAAAAUCCAAGGUUCCAUUGUGAUGUCCUGUCUAGGAUUGUCAUUUAGUUUCUAGGUGUGAUAAUUUUGGUGCUUUUAUCACUUGAAUGAUUGAAUUGGGACAACGCCCCCACUCUUC